AUGGCGGAGAGAGCAGGCUUUGGGAUCCCCAAAAGCAACUUACGUCCUGUAGGCUCACUCCCACCAGAGCCUAUCGAUAUCAUCCGCACCAAGGCCCGAUCCAGAAGAGUCCGUAUCAAUGUUGGGGGUCUUGUCCACGAGGUCUUAUGGAGGACACUGGACCGUCUUCCCAGGACCAGGCUGGGUAAACUCAGAGACUGCAAUACCCACGAAACCUUAAUGGAGAUCUGCGAUGAUUACAGCUUGACUGAUAACGAGUACUUCUUCGAUAGGCACCCAGGGGCGUUCUCCUCCAUUCUGAACUUUUACAGAACAGGGAAGCUGCACAUGAUGGAGGAGAUGUGCGCCCUGUCCUUCGGCCAGGAGCUCGACUACUGGGGUAUAGACGAGAUCUACCUGGAAUCCUGCUGCCAGGCCCGGUACCACCAGAAGAAGGAGCAAAUGAACGAGGAGUUGAGGAGGGAGGCUGAGUCUCUCAGAGAAAAGGAUGGGGAGGAGCCGGAAGAAGGCUGCUGUCCAGACAAGAGACAGAAGCUGUGGGACCUCCUUGAGAAGCCUAGCUCUUCUCUUGCUGCUAAGUUCCUGGCCUUUGUCUCCGUAUUCUUCAUCGUUCUAUCAACAAUCUCAUUAUCACUCAAUACCUUGCCGGAGCUACAAGUCGUUGAUGAGUUUGGACAGUUCAAUGACAAUCCCAGCCUAGCGCAUGUUGAAGCUGUGUGCAUCGCCUGGUUCACGAUGGAGUACCUCCUCCGCUUCCUCUCUUCUCCUGACAAGUGGCAGUUCAGCAAAGGCCCACUGAACGUCAUUGAUUUACUAGCUAUCCUGCCCUACUAUGUAACUCUCUUCCUGACCGAAUCCAACAAGAGUGUUCUGCAGUUCCAGAAUGUCAGACGAGUGGUCCAGAUAUUUCGUAUCAUGAGAAUCUUAAGAAUUCUAAAACUGGCCAGACAUUCCACUGGACUGCAGUCCCUUGGGUUCACCCUUCGGCGCAGUUACAAUGAAUUGGGUCUGUUGAUAUUGUUUCUGGCUAUGGGUAUUAUGAUCUUCUCCAGCCUGGUAUUCUUUGCCGAAAAAGAUGAAGAUGCCACAAAAUUCACUAGUAUUCCUGCUUCAUUCUGGUGGGCUACCAUUACCAUGACAACUGUAGGUUAUGGGGACAUAUAUCCACAAACUCUUCUUGGUAAAAUAGUCGGCGGGCUCUGCUGUAUUGCAGGUGUAUUGGUCAUUGCAUUGCCCAUCCCCAUCAUUGUGAACAACUUCUCAGAGUUUUACAGGGAGCAGAAGAGACAGGAGAAAGCCAUCAAGAGGAGAGAGGCCUUGGAGCGGGCCAAGAGGAAUGGCAGUAUUGUUUCUAUGAAUCUGAAGGAUGCGUUUGCUCGCAGUAUGGAGCUGACGGAUGUUAUGGUGGAGAAAGGUGACGAGAAACGGCCGAUGGAUAACCAUCUCUCGCCUAGUAGGUGGAGCAGUAGGCACGGCAACUCUGAGGUUAGUCCAAAAUCCCAGGCGAGGUAUAAAGAGGUUGCUCAACUGGGAUCUCCAGAUAGGGUCAAUCCACCAAGAACCAGCCCACAGCACCUGAACGUCCAGAUAUUGGAGGAGAUGUACAACAAGAUGACGACCACUGCCAACAUUGGCUCUGGAGCUCCACAUGAACAAGGACAGAAGCUUGAGGAAGUAAUGGAAAUGAAGGUAGUGUCUUCCGGACUAAAGCCCCCCCCACUCAAGGAACGAGCCAUGGGUGACCUCAGGAGCCCAUCCAGUGUGGACAGCUUCGCCAGCUGCACUACGGAGUUCAGUGUGGCAGAGAGCAGUUCCCUCCUCCCCAACGUAGCAGGACGGAGGGCUCCUCCUCCCCUCGACCUUAGCCAGAUCACCUCUGUGGAACCAAAAACCACAGGCAAAGUUCAGCCUGCCACCAUCAUCAAGGAGGGUCUUUAUGAGUUUGUCUCAAGCAAUCCAGAGGGGGCGUCACAGGGGGAGGAUAAUCAAAGCUUUGACAUGAGCAUCGAAAGCAUCCGCAGUUCUCUCAGAGGCAACAACCCACAGAAGACAAAAUCUCUCAAAGUCAAUUUCAAUGAAUCUCAGGGAGAGGUGCCAUUAACACCUCCCAGCACUAAGUCCCCUCAGUCUCUCAGUGCAACUCUGUCUCCACCAGGAUACCAGCCCUCCCCACCCCCAGGACAGGGCCCGGUGACCAGCCCAUGGUCUCCAGGACAGUCAGGCCAAGGAGAGGAUGGAGCCCAGGGCUUAGAGGGAGAAGGUCCACCUUCCAUUUUAAGCCACAGCGGGAAUCACAUGGACAGGGCCGCCGUCUUCAGCCCUUUGUCACCUAAAUCCCUCAACUGCACUACUCAGGAAGUGGCCGGCAACGGGGAAAGAGAGACAGGCAACAGCCAAAAGGAAAACCACAUAGUUCUGGAUGGAAGUCUAUCUCCACCUUGUGAAACAAGCAUGUGA